AUGAAGUUCACCAUUGCUUUGGUCGCGUUAUUCCUGGUCUGCGCAGCGCAAGCUCGAGCAGUCGAAGACGAUGACAAGGAACAGUUGCACGUCUUCGUCGACCAUCUGGAAGCUACCGUAAAGCCAGCCCUGACCAAGACCUACCACGAAGUCGAGAAAAUUAAAUCAGACAUGGAAAAUGCAAAAAAAGAGACCAUCAAAAUCUUGGACGUUCAUGAAGAAGACGUGAUCGCUUCAUUACAUCCGGUCGGAUCUAUAGAAAUGCAAACCUUAGUCGACAGAUUGAAGAUAGAUUGGGAUGAUCAGUUCGCUUGCGAGUCUAAGAUGAUCCAAGAAGUGUUUAAGUGCGGUGCUAUCAUGGAUGUCCAUUAUCAAUGCAUGGAAGUUAAAUCGUCGAAAUCCCUGCAGACCUUGAACCAGGCCCUCUAGAUGCUCAACAAUAC